AAGAAAAAAUCAUAUUUUUAUAAAGUAACAAAAUUUGAGAGCUCCUUCAAUGGACGUCACCAGCCGCCACUCUCCGCAGGCGAAGCAUCAAGUGUUCGUCAAUUUCCGGGGAGACGAGCUGCGAUGCGGUUUCGUAAGCCAUCUAGUGGAAGCUCUCCAGAGACAACGGAUCAACGUUUUCAUAGACAAACUCGAGAGGAUUGGCGAAGAUCUCAGCAAUCUCUUCGUGAGGAUCGAAGAGUCGACCAUCGCGCUGGUCAUAUUCUCCAGGAGAUACAUGGAAUCGAAAUGGUGUUUAGAUGAACUCGUGAAGAUCAAGCAACGUGCAGAUCAAGGAUUGCUCAGGGUCAUUCCCAUCUUUUUCAAAGUGGAUCCAGUCACCGUGAAACAACUCCGGGGAGCAUUCGGCGAUCAAUUCAGAGAUCGAGAGUGGGAAUAUCGGUUUGAUAAACCCAUAAUCGAGAGAUGGAAAGAGGCAUUAGCUUCUGUUUCUUGCAAAAUUGGCCUCACCUUUGACAAGAAAAGUAACGAAAGUGAAUUCGUUAGGAUAAUCGUUAAGGAAGUCGAGAAAAUGCUGCAGCUACAAGGGAAUUCUGCAGUUAAUCCAUUUCCAGGAGAUACAUAUUCUAUUGGAAGGCAACGCAUGAACAACCUAGCAUCCACUCUAGAACCAGUGGAGGUAUCCAUAGAGAGAGUUCUUGUGCAGGAAAUUUCUGAAAUUGCGAGCCAGAUUGUUGUGGCUUCCAAGGGUUACUCUGAUAUGGAAUGUGAGAACACAGUUCUUAGGGCUCAGAUCGUUGGGUUAAGCGAGAGGCUGCAGUCGUUGAACUCUAUUAUUGAGAUGGUGGAAGGAGUUGUUGGAGAGGUUCCUGAGACUCCUGAUUUUCUGAUGAACCCUUGGCAACUUCCUUACUCUUCACAGUUAAUCAUGACCUCUGCUGAUAUGUUUCACUUCUGAUGUUCAAUCUCUGGAUGUAUGUGUAUUGCAUAGUCGACCAAAUCCUGUAAAGAACACUGUAUUUAGGGUUUCUGCUCACCUAUUCUUGGCAUGUCAUUAUGGAAGAGUUCAA